AUGAAGGGGAAUAAGGAAAAGAAAUCAAGAUCGCGUUCAUCUGCAUGCAAGAAAAAGAAAAGUAACAAGAUAACGAAAAGGGAAGGGAAAAAAGACAAGAAAGUGUUAGAACCGAUGUUGCUGCCGCAUCUCCCAGAAGAAAUCAUCUUUGAGAUUACUUCCAGGUUACCACUGGGGUAUCGCUUAAAAUUCAGGUGCGUAUGCAAAUCUUGGAGCAUCCGGUUCAAUAACACCAAACAGAUAGUGCUCAUAGGUGGUGAUAAUGAAGUGUACACUUUAGAUAAUGAUUUGUUAACAUCACCAUUGCUUGCUGGUAAAGUAGUACGCAGUGACAAGUUAGAAUCAUCACUCGCUAGCACAGCGCUGGUGAAUAAUGAAAGUUACUUUGUGGGUUCAUGUAAUGGCUUAGUUUGCGCAAGUCCUCCAAAUAAUUUUUUUUGUUUAUGGAACCCUACUACGAAUGAGUACAAACUGCUACCGAAACCACCAUCUGAUCUUCAAGUCCGUUGGGGCAUAGAUGGGUUUGGUUAUGACUCAAACAAAGAUGAUUACAAGGUCAUACAUAUUCCCCGCAUGCAUAUCGUCCCAUCUAAAGUUUUCAUUUAUUCACUUGGAUCGAAUACUUGGAAACAAAUUCAACAUAUCCCUUAUAUGUUUAAUCACGAACCCGAUGAAUACGGGGUGUUUUGUAAUGGGGCUCUUCACUGGUUAGCACAGUCUGGAUCAGAUGAGUCAAUUUCUGUGAUCAGAGUCUUGAUUGCAUUAGAUGUAACAUCCGAGAUCACCAGAGAAAUCUCAAACCAGACUACUUGA